UUAGCCAGCGACCGACGAGAACCAUCUCUCAUCGCCUCGCCAAGAAGCAAAUCAGCUUCUCUUUCCAACCGCUCCCACCGCCCAAGAAACCUCCAACGGCAGCAAGCAACCAUGUGGGUGACCUCCAUGCCGCAGGUGUGGGACGAGGAGGCGAGGAGCGGCAAGGGCGCCGCGGCCGGCAUGGUGACCCCCGCGCCGGCCACCGCGCUGCUGGGCUCGCUGGCCGGCUGGCUCUCCCGCGUCGCGGACCCGCCGGCGCCCACGGUCUGCGGCGCGCCGGGCGGGCCGCCCGUGACGGCGCCCAGGGUGACGCUCCGGGACGGGCGGCACCUCGCCUACUGCGAGAGCGGCGUGCCCAAGGAGCAGGCCCGGUUCAAGGUCGUCUUCUCCCACGGCUUCACCGGCUCCCGCGAGGACAGCGUCCGCGCCACCCAGGAAGUGGCUGAAGAGCUAGGCGUGUACAUGGUGGGGUUCGAUCGUGCCGGCUACGGCGAGAGCGAUCCGAACCCCAACCGAUCCGUGAAGAGCGCCGCGCUCGACGUCGAGGAGCUCGCGGACGCGCUAGGACUGGGCCCUAAGUUCUACGUGAUCGGCAUCUCCCUUGGCUGCCAUGCUGUCUGGGGCGCCCUCAAGUACAUCCCCGAAAGGAUUGCUGGAGCCGCGAUGAUGGCGCCCGUGGUGAACCACUGGUGGCCAAGCUUCCCCGCCGACCUUGCUGCGGAGGUGUACAACAAGCAGGAGGUGGGCGACCAGUGGGCGCUGCGCGUGUCGCACCACGCCCCCGGCAUCCUCCACUGGUGGAUGGACCAGAGCUGGCUGCCCACCUCCACGGUCGUGGCCGGCACCACCCCGCUCCCCAACAAGCGCGACGCCAAUAUCCGAAACAUGAUUAAGGCAGACGGCACGUUCGAGAAGAAGAAGGAACUAGCGACGCAGCAAGGCAUCCAUGAGUCGUACUACCGCGACAUGAUGGUGAUGUUCGGCAAGUGGGAGUUCGACCCGAUGAGCCUGCCGAAGCCGCCCUGCCCCGUCCACAUCUGGCAGGGCGACGAGGACGGGCUGGUGCCGGUGGUGCUGCAGAGAUACAUUGCCAGCAAGCUCAGCUGGGUGAACUACCACGAGCUCUCCGAAACCGGGCACUUCCUGUCGCCUGUCCCAGGGCUAGGAGACACCGUUCUUAGGACCCUCUUCAGCCAAAGUUGAGCUCGCGACGUAGCAGUUGUCAGAAGCAGCAGCUCGGAACAUAUGGUUGCUUGCUGAAGUAUAGCGUUCUUCCGGUACAUUGAUUUGUUCUAAGGUGGUCGGGUAAUCGCUGAUUGGCGAUGAUGAUGUGUUAUAGAUGAAAGGGGUGGUGUAAGAUGAACUUUUUUUUUUGUCGUGGAUGUCGCCGCACGUGGCCAGAAUGUCUGCGCAAAAUUGUGCUUAAACCUUGGAAACGAGAAAGUGGAACUAUUAUACCAUGAUCUUUAGUA